GAAACAAGCACAAGAACGGAUCUUCCCAUAUAGUUUAGCGCAAAUAUUCCCUGUGAUCUUUCAUUCGGCUGCGACAUAAAAUUUGGGAUAUAGGAAACAAAUGGCAAUCACAUAUCCUAGCUUAGGAACGACAUCGGUGCUCGUUGGGUGUCGGGUCGAUGUGCACGGAUGCAGUACGUAACCGUUCGGCGUCACUUCCCCCCUUCCCGAAGCGAACUGAGUUACGCGACACGAGGACCCGGAAGGCCAGGUGAUCUGUUUAAGCUCCCCUCGACAUGUCCUCUGACACCCUUGACCCAUUUUGUGGUUCAAUCGUCGCAGUUAGCGCCGAGGCUCUCGAAAGCGACACCGCUAACCAUAACCUACGUUGGGGCGACUACUUUAUCAAGUUUGGAGAUCCAUCGCUCCUCUACGAGGCCAAGACACAAGCUUACCUUUACGAGUUGGCUAUCCGAGACCCAGACGCACCAAUCAUUCCGAGGGUUAUCACUUACUUCAUCCACGACUAUGUCGCAUAUCUGGUUUCAGAAUUUAUCGACGCCCCCACCAUUGGAACCUGGUUGGAGUGUACGGACCCCAGUCAGCAUGCGCUUGGCUACUGCGCGGUUGCGAAUGCCCUGGACUGGCUCCGUCGUGUCCCCGCUCCACCCGAUACGCUGAUUGGCCAAUUGGGGGGCGGGCCAGCCCGCCACAAGCUUUUCAAGUUUACCGAAGCGCCACUCAAGUUUGCGAGCAUCGGUGCCGUUGAGAGAUAUGUGAAUAAAGCUUGUGAAUGGAUCCCUUCUAAAUUUAGGCCACCGCCUGUCAGUUUCUCCAUGGAGAAGUCCGUCUUCAUUCAGGCCGAUCCCACUGUGGGCAAUUUCCUUGUGGUUCGGGGAAGAAUAGUCUUGAUCGACUUUGAAGACGUCAGCCUGCUCCCAGAAUCCUUCUUCACCUACAUGAUGAACACUACGAACGGCUUUGUCGAAAAGGUCGCCAAGUAUUUUCCCGGGGAGCGGUCUCAGAACUUACCAACAAUGCAAGCGGUUAAGUGUGUGUUGCAAUUACACGGCGGGCCAACCCUUGGUCUAAACGAACACGGUUACCCGGUUCAUAAGUAGUGGUGCUCUGUGCCUCUGUUGCUCACUUGACCCGUGACUCGAUUUUCGUACUAACACUUCAGUUUCGAUGUAAUGGUUCAAACUGGAGCGUCAGUAGUACAGAAUCGAAUCUCUGGUAGUCGAUCCACCGCGUAUAGCUUGAUUUGUAAACUAUCAAGGCAUUUGGCAAAGGUUGCACCUGCACGGCUAGAUACCUAAGCAUUUCCCGAUUCCAGUUUACUUUCCAGGAUCUAAUACCUGGUACCAAGCUACCAUAGGACACUCUGCAGUUGUAAGCGAUGCUGGGAUGUGGAACCGGGGUGUCCACAUGCUAAUGUCUCGAGGGUAUGAGUCUGCAUACCGGGGAUUUGAACGGUGCUCCGACGAUGAGAAGCGUCGAUUCCAACCGAAAGUCCGUUUCUGUGCACAUGUGCUCACGGGAUAAGGUCAAACAUGUCAGUGCUGCAAAGCUAGACUUCAUCUUUG